AUGGACAAGAUGCAUGCAAUCAGCGGUACUAGGGAGAACGCAGCCAUGUUGUUCUUGCUUCUUGUCAUCGCUACAUGUGCAGCAUCAGAUGCCCCUCCUUCUCGUCUGUGUAAUAAGGUAGCUGGAUGGCGAGUGUGUGUGCCUCUCAAUGGCAAGUUGGGACAGAUGGAAGUGUCGGGCACAUGUGUCGUGUGUGAGGUCCUGAAACAGGGUGUUGCUCCUGUCAGCCCGUUCCCUUUCCUUGCCGGGGCCCGACAUGUUGCAAUAAGAGGACACCCAUUCCACGUCCUGUCUGCAAACAGCCUGGCCCCGUUUGAGAAUUCUGUGGUCCUUAUGUUGACCUUGGUGGAUGCGAAGAUCACUGAUGUGAAGAACAACACCUUCGCUGGGUUCUCCAGUCUCCAAACACUGUCCCUAACUUCUAACAAGUUGACAAAUGUCAGACCGACAUGGUUCACUGGCUUGAAGAAUCUCAUGUCGCUAACUUUGUCAAACAACCGCAUCAAGCAGAUAGAGCCAGGGAGUUUCGCCAAACUAACCCGUCUAUUUAUCUUGGAUCUAGAGAACAAUUUGUUGCAGAUUGUAGACCCUGGAUGGCUCUUUGGGAUGAAAAGUAUCAUGGUCAUUAACCUGGGAUUGAAUAAAAUCAAAAGCAUUUCCCCGACGUCAUUCCAACACAUACAGCCGACCUGGAUAGAUCUGAGUGGUAAUGAUCUGUGGAGUUUGGAUGAAGAUGUGUUCAGAGGACAGUCUCGGCUGAGAAGUCUCCAUAUCAGCAGUGGUAUGCUGCCAUCUGCCCAUGAUGCUAGGCCAGAUGACAUGAUGUGGAGUCUAUAUCGGUUAGCCAAUGCCAUGACAUGGUCAGCAACAUUGGUUGUGGCGGUGCCCAGGUUCCUCUUCUGUGUCAGCCAGCAUGGGGUACCCACUGAACUCUCGUUCUGGUGGGUGUUUGACCCAUCCAACAAUAUGCUUUAUGACAUAGUGCCCAAAUCAUUCGCAUGCGACAUUUUGCAUCGUUCUCUGAGCACGAUCUCCAUCCAGACCCCUGUAGUUGUCCUGGCCACUGACGACUCUCUGACAGACAAACUGGAGACUAACACACUUGAACAGUGCAGGCAGGUGUGGGAAUACGAUGGAGGCAUCGCAAUGGGGCUAGUGAGAAGGUCAACCUUCCGACUGGUUUCCUUGUCUAAAGCGAACGCAACCUUUGAAGGUGUUGGCAUGUCGUUUGUCCAGACACAAGGCACGAACACAGUCACCACCACAGAGUCUGGGUACAGUCAAACCCACACAACCAUAACAAACACCAACCUGGACAAUGCAAGGAACAUCACCUGCAUUCUUCUUACCAAAGAUAAACACAAAACGUUGUUCGUCACCACUCCUCAGGACCAACACCAGACACACACAACAACCUACAGAACAGACACUGACCACUCUACCACCCUUACACACUACACUGAACAUACAGAGAGAGACUUCACAUCUUCAGAAAUGGUAGACAACUCUACACUGCAAGUGAGUUCUACUUCCACAUCUGGACCAGAGGAGCCUCCGGCAACAGAUCAUGUUCUUAUAACUGUUUUUGUUGCUGUUUCGGCAGUGGCCGGUCUGGUCUUGUCGCCCCUUGUGGUGUUGGUAAAGAAGUUGUGCUCCACAGGGACGUGCGAGGAUGAGAGGGACAGUGACGGUGCACAUGUUUGGACCGUCCCGCCUGGGGCUGCCUUCCCCGACUUGCUUAGGUCAGCUUCCCUCCCUGCAUGUUCAGGCAGGAUGGCGUCAGAUGACGUAGUUUCCUGUAGGUUAAUGCCCGCUGCCCUGCAUUCCGUCCAGCCUACUUACAGCCAAAUCCCUGAUGGCUUAGCUUGUGCUCAGAGGCCCCUGCCGAGUCUCCCGCACAACGACGUAAUCUCCGGUGUGGUCCGGUCAGCCUCCCUCCCUUCACGCACUCGCGGGCCAGGGGACGCCUCAGACGAUGCGGCAUCCUGUAGGUCAUUGCCGGCUGUUCUACAGUCUAUUGAACCCAUCUAUAGUGAGAUCCCCGAUCACAUGGCCACUGCGCAGCGCCCCCUGCCGCCUCUCCCGCGCACAUCUUGGGAGAUGUCAGAACAAGAAGCUGCUGCACAGUGCCCCCUGUUUGCCCCAGCACAUACCUACAGCGUGAUCUUAGAUGAUGAGAAGAGCGAUCUCAUGCCUUUCUCUGCUAAUCCUGCGGGUAUUUCCCUUCAUGUUGUCACAGAUAGUGGGCAAACUCGAUGGGCCUCCCUGGAUGUCACAACGAAUUCCAACAGACAUGGGUCUAGAAGAUCUAUGGUCACAUAUGGGUCAGCUGAACAGAACAAAGCCCAGUGUGAUAACAUUUAUAGAAAGGCCCUCCUCGAGUUCCAGGGUAUAAGAGCCCGCAGAAAUCUGAGGACGGGUUCAGUAUCCCAGGAUACAGACCAAAGUGUGAGGACGUACGCCAACGUCACAGAUGGGAUUCUAUCAAGAGGUCAGGAGGUCACGGAGGCUCACAUCGCCUUCCUCACAUCCCCUGGUGUCUCUGGGUCAUGGAAGUUCUCAGGGGACGUUCCCCGAAUCACACUACCUAACACCUACUGGCCGUGGGAGAUCCCAGGUGAGGGAACCCGUAACACACGAAGGCGUGCGUCCCUCCCCACCGUCACACUACCUAACACCUACUGGCCGUGGGAGAUCCCAGGUGAGGGAACACGUAACACGCGAAGGCGUGCGUCCCUCCCCACCGUCACACUACCUAACACCUACUGGCCGUGGGAGAUCCCAGGGGAGGGAACACGUAACACACCACGGUGUGCGUCCCUCCCCGCCGUCACACUACCUAACAUCCCAGGGACGGAGACGUGUAACACACCAUAG